AGCAGUUUUUCGCACUCAUUGCUAACGGUAGAGAGUAAAUCAACACAAUCAUGCUCAGCGAAAGUGCUAACACGGUGGUAGACCUCGAUGAACAAGGUGUAUUUCUUCAGAGCAAGAAAGAGGACCCGCUACAGCUAGACGACGAAGGUGACGUCACUUUCAAAGAGAUAACAGGGACAAUAGGCAGUAAGAGUGGAGGAAGCAAGAGUGAUGACGAUGAUGGAUCGGAAAGCGAAGAUGAAGUGGAACUCUUGUCUGCGUCGAAGGCAAAAAAGUCUGCAGCUAUGUGGAAGUUGGAGUAUUGGCAAGGCUUUUUUGACGUUGAUACAAAUGAGGUGUUGUAUCGACUUUUGGCUUCAAUUAAUCCACGACAAAAUUUCAUACGGACUAUUCGUCCAAAUGCUGAUUUGUAUGGCCCUGUUUGGGUGUGUACAACACUAUCGUUUGCUAUUCUAGUGGCUGGUAACUUAUCUAACUAUCUACAAUACUAUUCUCGUUAUGUCGACAAACAACCGACAGGUGAAUACCACUGGCAUUACCGUUUUCAUGUUGUGACACAAGCUGCUGUUGUGAUCUUCGCAUACGGAUGGCUUGUUCCUGUUCUUAUUUGGCUCUUACUUUGGUGGCGAAACAGCAAAUCUGGUUACUCGUUGCUUGAAAUACUCAGCACCUAUGGCUACUCUCUAUUUGUCUUCAUUCCAGUGUCAGUUUUGUGGAUAAUUCCACUUGUAUCACUGCAGUGGAUUUUGAUCAGUUUUGGCGUUAUGGCAUCUGGUGGAGUACUUGUGCGUACAUUCUGGCCAGCGUUCAAGGCUGACAACAAGACAGUUGCUGCUUUUGUCAUGUUGUUGAUCUUUGCAAUGCAUGCUGCUAUAGGAAUUGGAUUCCAAGUGUACUUUUUCAAGAGCAUCAGUGGUGACAGCACGAUAACAACAAAUGCUACUAGUCGGUCAACUCAACCCACUGGGACAAAUAGCUCGAACGUCGAGAUUCCCUAGCUAUGAACUGACCUUAUCAUCAUCUGGUCAUCAUCGAAGGAGGUGUAACUAACUCAGAGCAAUGGUUGAUUGGUUGCUGGUAUUAUUAUGGUAUGGUGUUAAUUUGUAGAGCGAUUUAGUGUAAAUGAUGUGUGUUGGGCAAGACUAUCAGUUGUAAGAUUUCAAUAACUGACAGAAGUUGCACAUUAUAGAUUAUGAAUGAAUGAUGAAUGAGUCAUUUCCACUGCGCCUAACUAGGUACAGUUCCCCUCUUUGAGCACACACGUUGACAAACAACUACAGAUAAACACAAUACUAUACAAUGUGUCUGUACAAACACAUGCUACAACAUCGAGUC